UCCAGGGACGCCGUCGCCCCUCGCGCCCCUGCGCCCCCCGACCCGCGUCCCCGGCGCCGCCGGCCCGGAGCUACCCGGAAGCUCGCUCCUGCCGCGGCGCUCGUCAGGGCAAGCCCGGGUCCGUCCGGGACCUCGGCCCCGCUCUCCCCCGGACCCGAGAGGCUGCUGCACCGGCUGCCGCUCCAGAUGCUGCUGCUGCCGCCGCGGCCACCCCACCCUCGGUCCUCCUCCCCGGAGGUCAUGGACCCACCGCCCCCCAAGACUCCCCCUUUUCCCAAGGCGGAAGGCCCCUCCUCCACUUCUUCCUCGGUGGCGGGGCCGCGACAACCGCGGCUGGGCCGCCACCUGCUCAUCGACGCCAACGGGGUCCCCUACACGUACACGGUGCAGCUGGAGGAGGAACCUCGGGGCCCGCCGCAGCGCGAGGCGACCCCGGGAGAGCCGGGUCCUCGCAAGGGCUACAGCUGCCCAGAGUGCGCCCGUGUCUUUGCCAGCCCUCUACGGCUGCAGAGCCACCGCGUGUCGCACUCGGACCUCAAGCCCUUUACAUGUGGUGCUUGCGGCAAAGCCUUCAAGCGCUCCAGCCACCUGUCGCGGCACCGCGCCACCCACCGCGCGCGUGCUGGCCCACCGCACACCUGCCCGCUCUGUCCACGCCGCUUCCAGGACGCCUCGGAGCUGGCGCAGCACGUGCGCCUGCACUGAGCUCCGCCCUGCCCUCUCUGGGCCACCACGUCUGACCCGCACAGCGUCACACCCACACAGUCCCAGUUCUGCUGAGGUUACUGCCUUACCCUAGGCCUCAGUUUCCCCACCUGUCCCCAAAGAGAAACAUCAUUUUGUCUUUUCUCCGUCUAGCUGUGUGAUGUAGACCAAAGUUGUUGCCCCUCUGGGCCUGGGUGUCAGUUGGAACUGGGCUUUGGUCUGGCUGCGCUGGGUGUACGCCUUUGCAAGUGAUGCGGCCUCUCCUGAGUCUUGGUUUUCUACUCUUGCCAAGAGGUGAGGUCCUCGUGGAAGACAUGGCAAAAGCACCAGCACGGUCUGGAUCAUCUCUGUACUUCCCUCUAAUGCCCACGACCCCUCAUUCUUUCCCCAAUAAACAUUCCGCACUUCA